AUGAAUGAGCUUGGCUAUUGGCGAUUGCUUGGAACAGCGACAAAUUACCUCACACAUUCGAAUCGUGUGCGAUUUGGGUGCGAUAUCCUCUGCGGUCCUCAGGCGGCGAUGUCGAGUGGGAAACGACGAAAUCCGUUAGGACUUAGUCUUCCCCCAACCGUGAACGAAAAUGAAAAGGAGGAUGGCACGAAGGAAGAGGAAAUCACUGUUCAAGUGAGCCUCGACGAACAACUGAAACGCUUGGGACUCACCGAACCUCAAAAACAACGUAUGAGCGAAUGGAUUCAAGUGAAGGAAGGCAUAAAGGAACAGGAGCUAUCUGAGGAUAUGCUGGAAAAUUUGGGAGAAUUGGGACAUGGCAACGGAGGCGUCGUACACAAGGUCGUACACAAGAAAAAUGGCGUUACGAUGGCAAGAAAACUGGUGCACUUGGAGGUGAAGCCAUCCGUGCGACAACAAAUUAUUAAGGAGCUCGCGGUUCUACAUAAGUGCAAUAGUCCGUACAUAGUGGGAUUCUAUGGUGCCUUUAUCGAUAACAAUGACAUUUCAAUUUGUAUGGAGUACAUGGAUGGACUAUCGCUUGAUAUUGUCAUGAAAAAGGUUGGACGUAUCCCGGAGAAAUUCGUCGGGAAAAUAUCUGUAGCAGUAGUGCGAGGAUUAGCGUACUUGAAGGACGAGAUCAAAAUCUUACACAGAGAUGUUAAGCCUUCUAACAUGCUUGUAAAUAGUAACGGCGAGAUCAAACUUUGCGACUUCGGAGUUUCGGGUAUGCUCAUAGAUAGUAUGGCAAAUUCUUUCGUUGGGACAAGGUCGUACAUGGCGCCGGAAAGGUUGACUGGCUCCCACUACUCGAUUCAGUCCGAUAUUUGGUCAUUUGGCUUGUCGUUAGUCGAGCUUCUCAUAGGUCGAUAUCCAGUCCCGUCGCCAUCCAAGCAUGAAUAUUCAGUGAUGUUUGGUAUUCCGGAGUCACAAGUGCAGCUAGCGGAUGGGCGUUCGGAUGUCCCACCGUAUCAAGCUUCAAACAAUCCGGCUGCGAUGGCGAUUUUCGAAAUGCUCGACUAUAUUGUGAAUGAACCUCCACCGACUCUGCCUAAGGGAGUAUUUAGUGAGGAAGCAGUAAAUUUUGUCUCGAAAUGUUUGAAGAAACUUCCCGGGGAGCGUGCGAAUCUCAAGUCGCUGUCAUCUGAUCCAUUCUUCAUCCGCUACGCAGACGUGGAUGAUAGCGGAGAAUUUGCAAAUUUCGUCACCGAGACGAUAUCGAUCCAGCCAGUGCAGUAA